AUGGCGGACCCGGCCCGGGAGGCGCUCGGUGCCGCCGCUGCCCCGGAGCCGCCGCCCGCAGGCUCAUCCCCACCCGCCGCCGGCGAUGGGGCGGCGGCCGCGGAGGAAGCGGCAGCCGCAGAGGGAGCGGGAGAAGGCGAGGUGGGGGAGGCUGGCGGUGGCAGCGAGGUCAAGGCGGAGGUGGCGGACGGGGAGGUGAGGAGCGCGGAGGGAGAGGCGGCGGACGCCGAGGACCCGGGGCUGCAGGCAUGUGCGGCCAGGAAGGCGAAGCUGGAGCUGAAGGAGCGGAAGGAGAAGAAGCAGAAAGUGGACGAGGACGAGAUCCAGAAAAUGCAGAUCCUGGUCUCUUCCUUUUCCGAGGAGCAGCUGAAUCGCUACGAGAUGUAUCGCCGCUCUGCCUUCCCCAAGGCCGCCAUCAAACGGCUCAUCCAGUCCAUCACCGGCACCUCCGUGUCCCAGAAUGUCGUCAUAGCCAUGUCGGGCAUCUCCAAGGUGUUCGUCGGAGAAGUGGUGGAGGAAGCUCUGGAUGUGUGUGAGAAGUGGGGGGAGCUGCCCCCACUGCAGCCCAAGCACAUGAGGGAGGCUGUCCGGAGGCUCAAGGCACGUGGGCAAAUUCCCAACUCCAAGUACAAAAAGAUCAUCUUCCACUGAGAGAGGCUGAAAUGAGCUUCCUGUAGGACCUUCCCACAUGGACUCUUCCAUAAGGCCCCUUUAGGGUGGCCUGUGGGACUUCAAAGAUGUUCCUGCUGUCCCUGCCCACACUGGGCAGAGCCUGGAUGCACCCUUGACCUGGACUGGGGGUCUCAGCACAGCAGGGAGAGGAACAGCCAGGGGCUGCAGAGCAUUUCCUGCUGGUCCAGAUGUGCCAUCUGUGCCCAGAUGUGUGGCUUUUUUUUGUACAUUAAACUUACUCUUGUGUUCAUAA